UCUUGGCUGGGCCCGUUUUCAGGCCGACCGUUAAAGGCACAUUCGUUGCAUCGAAAAUUGCAUCAGAAGGGAAGCCCCGAGAUCUAGCCUUGCCUCUACCCCUUGCUGGCUGUCCCGCGGUGUCCCUAGCAGACCAACCUCUCUUUUUUCAAUUCCGUCUGUAAAGUGGGGCUCUCAUGCCUGCCCUUCCCCCCACUUGUAGGGAGGGUUGAAAGGGAUGGACACGUGAGCCCUUUGCGUACGGCUGAGCAGUGUCCAGACACGUGUGAAGGACGAUCACAGUAAUGAAUUUCCGAGAAAACAGAUUUUUUAAAGUGCUUGUCAAUGGACGACUCUGAGUUUUCCCUUUGUUGGCUUUGGUUAGUAUAGGAGCCCUUAUGGGAAUCGCGUUCUGGUUUUGACCAGUUUUGAAUACAUUCACUGAGUGCCUGCUAAGUUGCAUUAGCUUCAUGUGUUAGCUCACUUAAUCUUCUCAGCGACACGAUGAGAUUAUUACCUUGACAUUGCCCUUGAGGAAAGUGAGACACAAGGAGGUGAAGUAGCCAGCCCGAGGUCACUUAGUAAGUGGCAGGGCUGGGACGGUGCUCGCCUGUGCUGGCUGCCCAGGUUAGUGUCUGCAUCGCCCCCUCUGAUACGAACACCCCUCCUCACACCCUCGAUGCACGUAACUUGUUUGUGGAGCGCUGAGAUCAUCUCGGUGCAACCAGGUCUGUCUUUGGUCUAUAAAUUAGUCAGGUGAUCAAUCAUACCUAUGAAACAGCUAUUAUCCCCAUGAGUGAGAGACUCGGAAGUUUUCCGAAGGUAGCAAAUCCUACGUGCCCUGUCAGAACAAACAGAAUGGGGAGGUCGAGGGCCACAGUCAACUUCCGAAUAUAUGGAAACCCCCGAGUCUAUCUUCGUGGAGGCUGCAGAAGGAUGUCCGUCAUGUGCAGACAGCAUCGCCGCCCCGAUGCCCAGCCUGACUCUCUGUGUCCCUGAGCACCCACCUUCCCUGCUCUGUGGGUGGGCAUACCAAGUAUUGGAGGGUAAGGUUCCCACCUCCUUUCCUAAUUUUCUAGAUAGAAGUAUCUUUCAAAAAUAGGGGAUCCAGUUGUUCACUCUGGAAAAUAAUAGGUUGAUAGAGUCCAAGCACUUUCCGUAACAAAUACGUCUUGUAGAGUCAUCUUAAUGUGAAGAAGCUAAAAUUUUUUUAAGUGUAUUUAUUUUGAGAGAGAGAGAGAGCAAGAGAGAGGGUGCACCAGCACAUGAAUGGUGGAGGGGCAAGAGAGAGAGAGAGAGAGGGAGAGAGAAUCCCAAUGCGCAGAGCCUGAUGUGGGGCUCAAUCUCACAACCUUGAGAUCAUGACCUGAGCUGAAAUCAAGAGUCAGAGGCUUAACCCACUGAGCCACUCAGGCGCCCCUAGAAGCUAAGUUUUUAAAUAGCAGUAUGGUAGUUAAGUCUAGACUGGCAGUAAGAGGUUAGUAAGAAGGAGGACAGGAAGCUUGUAAAUGCCUCCGUCCCAUUCAUAGUGCUCCACAAAAACAAACAGCAAAGGGGACCAGCAUCUUCCAAGUCAGGAGUUUUUCUGUAGUUCAGGAAAUAACCUCAGUAAACUCCAAGUUCCAAGGCAAACGGAGAGUUCAAAAACAGGAAAAGCUAAUGAUCUGGCUUCUGCUUCCAGAGAAACCAAUCUCAAGUUCAAAAUGGCGCUGGAAAUCACACACCAGUGUCUCCAGAGAGAAAAUUCACUGGCAGCAUUUGAUGGUUUCGUUGAAUGUGAAGAACCCAAUAACCGACUGGAUAAGUUUACAGGAACGCUAUUUUGGAGAAACACAAGUUUUCCUUUGGAUGCUGAUAAAAUUUUAUUACGUGGCUGUGUAAUUAGGAACACCGACUUCUGCCAUGGAUUGGUCAUUUUUGCAGGUGCUGACACGAAAAUAAUGAAAAAUAGUGGGAAGACCAGAUUCAAAAGAACUAAAAUUGAUUACUUGAUGAACUACAUGGUUUAUACGAUCUUUGUUGUUCUCAUUCUACUUUCUGCUGGUCUGGCCAUCGGCCAUGCUUACUGGGAAGCUCAAGUUGGCAAUUAUUCUUGGUACCUCUAUGAUGGAGAAGACUUUACACCCUCCUACCGUGGAUUCCUAAAUUUCUGGGGCUACAUCAUUGUUCUAAACACCAUGGUGCCCAUCUCUCUCUAUGUCAGCGUGGAGGUGAUCCGUCUGGGACAGAGCUACUUCAUAAACUGGGACCUGCAGAUGUACUAUCCUGAGAAGGACACGCCCGCCAAGGCGAGAACCACCACGCUGAAUGAGCAGCUGGGGCAGAUCCAUUACAUCUUCUCUGAUAAGACAGGGACGCUGACGCAAAACAUCAUGACUUUCAAGAAGUGCUGCAUCAAUGGGCAAAUAUAUGGAGACCAUCGGGACGCUUCUCAAAACAAUCACAGCAAGACAGAGCAAGUGGAUUUCAGCUGGAACACGUUUGCUGACGGGAAGCUUGCGUUUUACGACCACUAUCUUAUCGAGCAAAUCCAGUCGGGGAAAGAGUCGGAAGUUCGGCAGUUUUUCUUCUUGCUUGCAGUCUGCCACACGGUCAUGGUGGACAGAAUUGAUGGUCAGCUCAACUACCAGGCGGCCUCUCCUGACGAAGGCGCUCUGGUGAGCGCUGCCAGGAACUUUGGAUUUGCCUUCCUCGCCAGGACCCAGAACACGAUCACCAUCAGUGAAUUGGGGACCGAGAGGACCUACAGUGUUCUUGCCAUUUUGGACUUCAACAGUGACCGGAAGCGAAUGUCUAUAAUUGUAAGAACCCCAGAAGGCAACAUCAGGCUUUAUUGCAAAGGCGCUGACACAGUGAUUUAUGAACGGUUACAUCAGAUGAAUCCAACAAAACAAGAGACACAGGAUGCCCUGGAUAUCUUUGCAAGUGAGACUCUUAGAACUCUGUGCCUUUGCUACAAGGAAAUUGAAGAAAAAGAAUUUGAAGAAUGGAAUAAAAAGUUUAUGGCUGCCAGUAUAGCCUCAACCAACCGGGAUGAAGCUCUGGAUAAAGUGUAUGAGGAGAUUGAAAAGGACUUAAUUCUACUGGGAGCCACAGCUAUUGAAGACAAGUUACAGGAUGGAGUCCCAGAAACCAUUUCAAAACUUGCAAAAGCUGACAUCAAGAUCUGGGUGCUCACUGGAGACAAAAAGGAAACUGCUGAAAAUAUAGGAUUUGCUUGUGAACUCCUGACUGAAGACAUGACUAUCUGCUAUGGGGAAGAUAUCAAUGCUCUUCUUCACACAAGGAUGGAAAACCAGAGGAACAGAGGUGGAGUCUAUGCAAAGUUUGUACCCCCCGUGCACGAACCUUUUUUUCCACCUGGUGAAAGUCGUGCUUUAAUAAUCACUGGUUCUUGGUUGAAUGAAAUUCUUCUGGAGAAAAAGACCAAGAGAAGUAAGAUUCUGAAGCUGAAGUUCCCGAGGACGGAAGAAGAAAGACGGAUGCGGACGCAGAGUAAAAGGCGUCUGGAAGCCAGGAAAGAGCAGAGGCAGAAGAACUUUGUAGACCUGGCCUGUGAGUGCAGUGCAGUCAUCUGCUGCCGGGUCACCCCCAAGCAGAAGGCAAUGGUGGUGGACCUGGUGAAGAGGUACAAGAAAGCCAUCACGCUGGCGAUUGGAGACGGGGCCAAUGAUGUAAACAUGAUCAAAACUGCCCACAUUGGUGUUGGAAUAAGUGGACAAGAAGGCAUGCAAGCUGUCAUGUCAAGUGACUACUCCUUUGCCCAGUUCAGAUACUUGCAGAGACUGCUGUUGGUACACGGCCGGUGGUCUUACAUAAGGAUGUGCAAGUUCCUUCGAUAUUUCUUUUACAAAAACUUCGCAUUUACGUUGGUUCAUUUCUGGUACUCCUUCUUCAAUGGGUACUCUGCACAGACGGCGUACGAGGACUGGUUCAUCACGCUCUACAACGUGCUCUACUCCAGCCUGCCCGUGCUCCUCAUGGGGCUGCUUGACCAGGAUGUGAGUGACAAACUGAGCCUCCGCUUCCCUGGGCUGUACGUAGUAGGACAAAGAGACUUACUUUUCAACUAUAAGAGAUUCUUCGUAAGCUUGGUGCAUGGAAUUUUAACAUCGAUGGUCCUUUUCUUCAUACCUCUUGGAGCUUAUCUGCAAACUGUGGGGCAGGAUGGAGAGGCACCUUCAGACUACCAGUCUUUUGCUGUGACGAUUGCUUCUGCUCUUAUAAUAACAGUCAACUUCCAGAUUGGCUUGGAUACUUCUUACUGGACCUUUGUGAAUGCUUUUUCAAUUUUUGGAAGCAUUGCACUUUAUUUUGGCAUCAUGUUUGACUUUCAUAGUGCUGGGAUACAUGUUCUCUUUCCAUCUGCAUUUCAAUUUACAGGCACAGCAUCAAAUGCCUUGAGACAGCCAUACAUUUGGUUGACCAUCAUUCUGACCGUUGCAGUGUGCUUACUGCCCGUCGUUGCCAUACGCUUCUUGUCAAUGACCAUUUGGCCAUCAGAAAGUGAUAAGAUCCAGAAGCAUCGCAAGCGGUUGAAAGCGGAAGAGCAGUGGAAGCGGCGGCAGCACGUGUUCCGCCGGGGCGUGUCCUCGCGGCGCUCCGCCUACGCCUUCUCGCACCAGCGCGGCUACGCCGACCUCAUCUCCUCCGGGCGCAGUAUCCGGAAGAAGCGCUCCCCGCUGGACGCGAUCAUAGCCGAGGGCACCGCGGAGUACCGGCGGACUGUGGAGAGCUGAUGCGGCGGCGAAGCCGGCACACACACCCACACACAGAUGUCUAUUUUUUUAUGAAAGACUCUCAGGACUUUUUAAAAAACCAAAAACUGAAUUUGUCACGAGGAUGUUAAAGACAACAACUUUUGUAACAAACCACUUGGGCUGGACUAUUGCAAUGGCGAAGCCAAGAAUACCUUUUUCAAAAGUCCUCUUGUUCAACUGCUUGUGUCCAUUAGGCUUCAGAGGGGAUGUCAUAAUCCAGUCUCGAUCUGGGACAGAAUUAGAAACUUGUAUUUCAGUGCAAAUGGUACCGCAUUAUAAAAUUACAAUGAGAUCAUUCCUACCUGGGAUCUUCAACAUACAUAACCAGAGGGUUUUUUUUUUUUUUUGCCCCAUUGGGUACCUUCUUAACAAAGACCUUUUAUUUAUAAUGGCCACGACAGAAAAAAAUCCUGAAUGUUCAUCACCUGGAAGAUAAUGAGCUGCAUGGUUUCAUGUUCUCCUGUUGGUUCAAUCAAGGAAAAUCACUUCACAUUUCAUAAGUACAAGGUUUCAGUCUGCUUCGGUUUACUACCAGGUUAAAAGUGUGCAUCACCUACGUUUACUCUUACUACUGCAUAUUUUAGCCACUUCCUUCCCUCCAUUUUGAAAAGAUGCAUUUAAAUAUUUAUGGACUUUUUUUUUUAAGUUCUUAAAAACUAAGGGUAGCCGUGAUAAAUUGUGACUUUGUAACGCUUUCUUUUGAAAAGCAAACUUCGUGCCUGCCUACAUGUGUUUUAAGGGAUUUGAACAGAGACCCCACUUUUUCACUUGUCUUCAGAGAAAAAAAGGCUGUUGGCAGCCACAUUUCUAACAGAGUAUCCUUUAAAACUGAAAAUGAUUUUAAGCAAUUAUGGAAACUAUCCUCAAAGAGGCAAAAGUUAUUUUUCUCGAGGCUUUUCACACACUAGUUUUUCACAUGCUAGUUCCCAUAUUCUAGUGAAGAUACAGAAGUGUUUUCAAUAAUUCUGUUCUUUACCAUUAGGCUGUGAAUGUUCACAAUACCUGUCCCUUUGAAUUCCUAUGAGGAAAUCACAACAUGUAUAUCAUUCAUAUUCUAGGAAUGAUAAAAGAAUGUAUGGCUCUUUAUUCUAUGGAAGUAAAGUUCUGGAAGUUUACAACUCUUGUACAUAAACUGUAAAUUGUUUUUCUUUCUUUCUUUGGUAAAGAAAAGUUUGCUUGUAUUCUCCGUUUUCUCUCCUGUUUUGUGAAUUGUGGGAAAGGUCGACAACGCAAAUGUGUCAAAGACUUACACUGCUGGGUGCAAUAUUAACAAUUGUAAAAUGCAAAUUGCUUUGGAUAAAUUAUUUCUAUAUUCUGUAAAUCAGAUUUAAUGUAUAUUUUUGUUUAAAAAAUAAAUGCUUUAGUAAAA